AUGUCAUAUCGCUAUGAGGGCGCCGCUUACAAUGAGGAAGUAAAGAGGCAGCUAACCAGGUAUGGCCCAGAUCCUUCGGCGGAGACGAUCAUGGCAACCAUGCACGAGCUGGACGCUGAGAACCGAGCAGCACAUCUUUUCGAGCUCAAGCUACACGCAAUAUUGGGGAGAUUCAAGAACAAAGGACAUAUACCCGGAGUAGGGACAGUGGGUCCUACUCCCCACAUUGAGCAUUUUCAGCUGCAUUUUGUGGGGUCCCUUUCAC